AUGGCAUCAGUCGGAAUUGAAGCGCUUCCUGUCUACGAACUCCGCAAAGGUAAAGAAAAGCAGGAAUUCAAAAAAGUAGAGAAAUAUUUGUCCAAGGUUGAAAACAAAGAAUCGAUGAACGUCAAUGCUUCUCCUGUGAAGUUCACCAUGAAGCCUGGGGCUAGACGUGGUUGGACCACUACCAAAAUCUUCUGGUGGCCACUUUACAUCUUGGCUGCGAUAGAUUACAUCUCAAAAUGUGUUGAGGCUAUAGCCCUCAAAGAAGUAAAGAAGGAUAAUGUUGCAAACUUCAUUAGGGUGAACAUCAUCUAUCGUUUUGGCAUUCCUAGUUAUAUAAUAACAGAUAAUGGAAAGUCCUUUGCCAACAAAUUGAUAGAUAAGAUCUGUGAUCUUUUUGGCUUCAAGCAACGUAAUUCGUCAAUGUAUUAUGCUGCUGCAAAUGGACUAGCCGAAGCAUUUAACAAGACCUUGUGCAGCUUGUUAAAGAAGGCCGUCUCUAAAUCCAAAAGAGAAUGGCAUGAUAGAAUAAAAGAAGCUCUUUGGGCAUACCGGACGACUCAUCGCAUGCCAACUCAAGCAACUUCUUAUUCUCUUAUUUUUGGAGCUGAAGCAGUCUUUCUACUUCAAAGCCAAAUACCAUCAUUGUAG